AGCUGUUUCUCAUUUUUCGCCGGCCUCGUCCCUUCGGACCAUUUCCGUCGGCUCGCGAUGGCGGAUCCGGCGCUUCGGCUGUUCCAUGCGCUGCUGGUGACGAUGCUGGCGAUUCUGGCGGGCUUCAUAUGCGUGCGCUUGGAGUUCGUGCGGCCAGAGAAAGGAGAGCUGAAGGGCCUAGCCUUCUUCAUCGGCGCCAUCUCCUUCCCUUUGCUCAUCUUCAACACCGUGGCCACCGCAGAGAUCGCUGCGCUGGACGUAGCAGUGAUUGGCGCCUGCAGCCUGGGCAAGGUGGUGGUGAUGGCCCUGACCUGGUGCCUAAGCUUCGUGGCCUACCAGCCCAAGCGCUGCCGGGGCCAGCGGGUGCUCACAGCCUCGGUCUUCGCCUUCUUCGCGGUGGCCUCGGACGACUUUGCCAUCGGCUUCCCGGUGAUCGAGGCCUUGUACGGGGAGCAGAUGGACAUGAGCAUCUACAUCACGGGCAACGCCUUGGUGGGCUCCCUCUUCUUCGUACCUCUGACGAUGAUCGCCUUCGCCAUCGGCGGCGCUUUGAAGCACAAGGAGACAGGACCUGAGGUCUCCGAGUCUGUGGAGGAAGGCGCCGACGGAAGCUCCGAGAUGACGUGCCUGCGCCUGAUGAGAUCCACCUGCUACGACCUGGGCACGAACCCGGUGCUGGUGAUGACCUGUGCGGGCCUUGCCUUCAACCUCAUCUUCGGCAGCAAGCUCGUGGAAAGUGACGGCCACCUCAAGUUGCCGAGCCCCUUCUCGAACUUCGUAGAGCUCUUCACCGCCCCCUUCGGCAUGUGCGCCCUGCUCCUGACCGGGGCAUCUCUGCGCUCGCCGCAAGUGUCGGUAUGGGCGCUGGGGCUGGUACUGAUGAAGGUGGUGGUGUGCGCGUAUCUCAGCUACGCCUUCGGCAGCUGGCUGUCGGCGGGGAAGGAGGACGCGGAGCUGAAGGCGGACUUCACCUUCUUCUACGGGGCGCUGCCCACGGGCUCCCCGCCGCUGGUCUUCGCGGCCGCCUUCGACCCCGCCAGCUGCGAGCUCGUGGCCACCGCGGUGCUCUUCGGCCUGAUUUUGUCGGGGCCCAUCAUGUUCGUGACCGCCUACUCGCUGUCCUCCCGAAGCCUCGAAGCGGCCACACGGCUGCUGCAGGAGAUCCAAGGCAGCGCAGAUGCGGUGAGCCUCUUCUGCGGCGUGGGGCUCUUGGCGUGCGUCGCGCUGGCGCUCUUUGCACGUCCCACCUGGGUGGCCAGAUCGGCGGCCACGGCGCAGCUUGCGGUCUAUGGCCUGGUGCUCACGGCCUAUGCAGCGGUGUCGCUGGCGGUGAACCCCUUGGUGGCCCCGGAGACCUGCAGGGCCUACAACCAGGGGGAGGCCACGGCUCGGAUGUUCGCCUUCGCUUGGCUGCAGAACUCCGCCUCCACUCUGCUGCUGUCUUUGGAGUGCCUCCUGGUCUGCUCCGGCACCGGCUUCCUGGGGCGGCGCCUCAGGGCGCGCUGGGGCCUCGCCCUCGCGGCGGUUUGCGGCGUGGCGGCGCUGGCGCCGGCGAUUUGGGCCACGCCCAACACGGUGAACGAGAUCUGCGGCCGCGAGGAGGUGGUGGGCGAAGGCUUGCUGCUCAACGUGGCCUGGAGCUGCCUCCAGCUGCUGCUGGCGCUCGUUUUGGCCCUCGGCGGCUUGGCGCGGCACCGUGCGGCCCUGCGCGCGCGGAGGGCCUUGGAGGCUUUGGGCGGAGCGGCCAACGAGGCGGGGGAGGUGAUCUUGGAGAAGCCGCAAAACCUGGUGCCGCGAGGCGCCUGCCUGGCGGUGACGCUGCUGAACGUGGUGAAGCUCCUGACGCAGGUGGUGAACGCCGGACAGGUGAGCAUGGGCAACCGGAACCGCGGCAGCUUUGCGGCGAUGCUGCUGCUCGAGGCGUCCUUGGAGCAUGGCCAGCUGGUGGUGCUGCUGGCGGCGCUGAUGUUCGACGCCAGCUUCGCCUCCUCGAUCCGGGAAGCUCUCGGGGCGAUGUGGAGCUCCUGGACGGCGCAAGGUGGCCGCAUCCGCUCCUGGACAUUCCUCUUGACACGACCCAAGGCCAUCCAAGAAACCAACGUCUGAAAUCUCAGGAGCCCAGAAACCCAGGC